AGUACCCAGAAUGCACCGCGCCGAGAAGGUGACAGCAGCGGACGGACAGACCGGGGGCAAAGACGGAGAAAAUAAAAAAUGGCGGCCGCCUAUGUCACCCACCAACAGAAGGUGUUGCGGCUCUACAAGAAGUCCCUGAGACACCUGGAGUCGUGGUGCAUCUUCAGAGACAAAUACCGGUUCUACGCCUGCAUGCUGCGAGCUCGCUUCGAUGACAGCAAGGAGGAGAAGGACAUGAUGAAGGCCUCCAUGAUGCUGAAGUCGGGCGAGGAGGAGUUCUGGUCCAACCAACACCCUCAGCCCUACAUCUUCCCCGAGUCUCCGGGCGGGACGUCCUACGAGAGAUACGAGUGCUACAAGGUCCCAGAGUGGGCGCUGGACCACUGGCACCCCACGGAGAAGGCCAUGUACCCCGACUACUUCUCCAAAAGGGAGCAGUGGAAGCAGCUGAGAAUGCAGAGCUGGGACAAAGAGGUCGCCCAGCUGCAGGCCGAGACUUCAGCCGGAGGCCCCAAGAACGAAGCUCUCCCUCCGGCCCGCAAGGAGGGGGAGCUCCCCCCUCUGUGGUGGCAGUACGUCACCCGCCCCAGGGAGCGCCCCACAUAAACACCCUCCACCUCCCCCGUGGACAACAACAACAACAACAGCAGCAUCAGCAGCACGAAGACUGGCUGAACUAACAUUUGUAAAGCAUGUUUUCAUAGUCGUUCACCUGUGCAGCGGCUGAGAAAACAACCUGAAUUCACACUUUGGGAAAGUCCUGUAGAUGUAUCAAAGAAUACCUGUAACUAUUCCAAUAAAUAAUUAUAUGAUG